AUGGAACGUCAGGCCAACUAUGGGUACGCUGAAAUGCUCGCACUGGAGGACGAGGUCUACUUGGAAAUCCUCAGCCUUUGUGCGACACAUGUGCCCACGAACAACGUUCACAUUUCCUUCUUCAAUAUGGCACGUUUCGUUUCGUUCGACCGUCCGUCGGCAGCAUACCACGAAAGGAACAGUCGGGAAAUGACCAGAACAUCUGCGGAUCGAACUGCGCUGGCGGCGGAGGGCCUUGAACGACGAGCCUCUUUGGAUUUUCCAAAUAAGAGACAACCGAUACUACAAGCACGUGACAAUUCGUUUUGCGGCGAACGGCACGAGGGAGAAAGAGAGAGAGAAAGAGAGACAGAGAGGGACGAAGCUGAGAAAGGAGUUUCGGAUGGAGCGAGAAAAGGGGGAUGCGAGGAGCAGCAAUUCCUCAGGACGAGUCGAGAUGGAGGUGCAGGUAUUCUUUUUAAGGCGGAACACUUUACUGCUGCUCGUUCCACCGCU